GCUUGAGCCACACAUCAGAACCUUUAGAAUACGAUGUCGGAUGACGACGACGACCUCGUGCGCUUUGCAACAAACAUCUUCUACGCAACAGAGGAGCAAGACGAGGUGGAGCUAGUUGUCCUCCGUUCGGGGGAGCCUAGCAACGCAUGCCGAGUGCGCUGCUUUACCCAGGAUUUGUCGGGCCAGGCGGGCUUUCGGUAUGGAAGUAUCGACCAAUAUGUGGAGUUUGCUUCUGGCCAGAGCGAAGCGGUGGUGCGAGUGCCAAUUCUUCGAGACUCUUCCUGGCACACCUGCGAGGAGUUUGCAGUCAAGCUCAGCGACCCUCAAGAUUGCCAUAUUCGCGGCGGGGGCUGCAGGGUGAAAAUCAUUGACCAGGACUAUUUUCCUGACAACAGUCUGGAACAGUUCAUUCUUCUGAAUGAAUUGGAUGUAGUUUCACGCUGGACUUUUGCAUCCGCAUUUGUUCGACUAUGUUGGAAUCAAGCAGAGGUUCCAUGGAAAGCAAGUGUGUCGGUGGUGAUCUCUGUGAUGCACAAUGCAUACUUUUUGUUGACCAUCUAUUUAAAGGUCUACCUCAUCAACGUCUUGCUGGCGAAAGCAGCUGAAGCUGGCAAACUCCACGGGCACGAGGGCUCUCAGGGGUCCGAAACGGUGUCGGAACGUCGAUUGUCGUUCGAAGGCAUCGACCGUGGAACUGAAUCAGGCGGUCUCUUUGGUGAGGAAUUGCUGGUUCCAGGAAACCUCGAAGCCACCGCAUUGGUCGUUGGAAUGUGCUAUGUCAUCCCCUUCGCAAUUCUUCACAUCCUUGAUUUAGUCAGAGCGAAGUUAGGACUUGCCGGAGCCCUCAAGACGAUGCUGAUGUCGGCACUUUUCCGCCGCUUCAUGAGCUACAAAUCCCAAGUUCGCCAGCAUGUGUCGGAUGCAGAGAUCUCCAUGAUGUGCAUUCGUGAUAUCCCUGAACUGAUCUCCGGCGGCGUGAUGAGCAUCUUCAAGCUUGUGGAGAUUUUGUGUCAGAUCCUGGUGACGAUGGUCUUCCUCUUCAUGGAGGAUCAGCUGGCCAUCGUGCCGUUUGCAGUGUAUCCAGUUCUGGCGGUGAUUUGGAUGGCCAUUCGAAGGGGAACGCUGCGCGAAGUGCAGGACGCAAAAGUGAAGGCCGCCAAUGAUUUGGUUCGAGGCGUACACCAAGCCUGCAUGAACUUCGGUAUGAUUUUGGACUAUCGCAAGCGUUCCAAAGCGGUGGACCGCUUCUCCGCUACUGCCAUGAAGUAUCGAAAAGCCACCGGAGCUGGAGCUCUUGUGGACAUCAACAACGGCCGUUUCUUCCCAUGGCUCACGACACUUUCCAUGGCUGCGUAUGCCGUCAUUGGCGUCCAACAACUACAAGAAGGCUUGACGAACGUUGGAACCUUUGUGGCGACCUUUGGCAUUUUUCACGAAGUCGGGCAUGAGCUGGAAGCUGGCUAUGAGAUCAUGAUUGAGAUGUUCCAGGCCUUUCAUGCAGUGAAGCAGUUGACUUACAUGCUGAACCUGGAAACAGAUGAUUCGGAUCGAAUGGCAGACAGCCGGCGACGUCUGCAGAUUGGUGGAGAGAUGCGCCGGAAGAAACUGAAAGAACUCCAAGAACCCGGGAAGACCAAAGAUUUGGGUCGUCUCAUUGGAGAUGCACAAAACCUGUACCAGAUGGUGGAUGAUUUGCUGGAUAUUCAGCUUUCAAAUUUGACCUAUGUCUUGAAUGAGGGCUCGAAGGAGAUCAAAAUCCUUGACCAGGUGAGUCUGGAACUGAAGCAAGGUAAAAUCAUCACCAUUGCCAGCGGAGAACGACAGGGGAAGUCCACCGUUUUGCAGAUCAUCGCGGGCAAAUUGAAACCCACGGCUGGCCAUGUCUUCAUUCCACCCCACCUGCAAGUCUUGCAGGUGGAAGAUACACCCAGUUUCCUUCCAGAAAGCCUCAAGAGAAAUCUGAUCUUUGGAGUUGGAGAUGAUGACUUGUCUUUAGCAAGCUAUGAGCGGGUCAAAAACAUUUGUGAAAAAUUGAAGUUUUCAGACAAGCUUAUGCGCCGUUUGGACCAGGACUGGGAAAACCUGAACAAAGAAGAUGAUGACUCGUGGAUCAGCAGUUUGACCUCCACUGACCAGAUGCAGAUUCACUUGGCCAGAGCAUUCAUCAGCAACCCCCAUGUUUUGGUGCUACACAAGCCUUUCAUGCGCUUUUAUAAUCACACCAUGCAAGAGGCUGUGAUGACGGCAAUCCAAGAUUUCGUGAACUUUCGAGGUCUGGCCUUAGCGGCCAACAAGCCGGAAGAUGUGGCAGGGCGCAGAGCACGCACGGUGCGCGGCGUGGUGUGCGGUGGUGAUGCUGAUGGGUCAGUUGAAUGGCUGGUCAUUGUAUAA